UUUUCUGCGCAGUGAUAACAAAGUAUCAAAGCUUUGUAUCUCGCGUGAUAUUCACGUGCGGGUGGCCAAAUCCGUGACCAAGUUCCUUUUGACUCUUUGACCGCUCCGUCGAUAAAAACCCAGGCGCCUGUCCCUGCUUUUCUUCUCUCUACCCGUAUAAGGCCAAGUGAUCGUCGUCGAGUCUUCAACGCUCUCUACUCUACCAUGGCCGUUCGACGAACUAAACUAUGUCGCAACUAUGCCCUUGGCCACUGUCCACAGGGUGACCAAUGCAAGUAUAUACACUCGGACUACAUUCCUCUUAACCCGACGUUCUCCAUGAUCCAUCAGAGCCCGCCGAUGCUGGGUGUACACAACAGCUUCAGUCCUAAUUCUCCUUUCUCUCUCUCAGCCCCCGCGAUGCCGUGGGGUCUACCCUCACCAACGGCCGCGGUUCCUCAGGGCUAUCCUUACAACUGGAAUUAUCAGAUGACCCCAACGAUGCCUACUUUUAAUGCCGCGCGUCCCCCGCAGUUCCGCCCUCUUUCCUGGAGAACAACCCUUUGUAGACAUUUUAUCAAGAACCAGGGUUGGUGUCCUCUUGGUGAGGAUUGCGGCUACAUACACGAUCUGCAGCUUGCAGCACAUGCUCAGAACGAUAUUCGUUAUCCCGAUCGUAGUCAAUCACAUCGAGCGACCAAGGGAAUGUCCAAUGGAAAGAACGGAAGCAAGCAAAGUCACUGCUGGGCUUACGUGCAAGGCAUGUGUCGUGUUAAGGAUUGCCCAUACCUUCACCCGGCUUCCAUGGAGCUCUUCAUACCCCACACUCCGUGUCUUGCUUGGCCGAACUGCUCCAAGGGUCCGAUGUGUAGGUUCAAGCAUCCGGAACCUCUCAUUCCAAGGAUUCCCGGUUUCUCUACUCAAGCCUCAGUGUCACAGCAGGCCCAGCCAACAUCACCGGUUCAGCCCAUCCCCCCCGGAACCGUCCAGGUUCAUGGCACGACUUAUUUCCCCGUUGCUCAAGAGGGCUCUGCGCCACAACCGCCUCUCCCUUCUACAGGCCCACAACGCAGUCCACAAUUCCCACUUCACUACUCGCCUACGGCAGCGAGCGUUCCUUCCGGUUAUUCUCCAUACUCGAAUGCAUCUUUAUCAUUCCGCUCUCCCGUCUAUGAAUCAAGACAAGUUGUCCCUAUGGUCUCCGUUGCCAGCACGUCGUCUGAGGAUGCCAAUCGUUACGCAGGAAUGCGUCCUCCCAUCCCCUCUGGUGACGUCAAAGUUGACGAUACCCCUACUAAAGAUGCUACUGGGCUCGAUGAGUUCCCGUAUCGCCCACCUGUCCAUCAACGUUCAGGUCAUGCCCGACGCGUUAGCGUGACUUUGAAGAGUAAAGAAGACUCAGAUGCAUUGGGUCUGACCAAUCAUGGAACGACUCGUCGUCAGAGCUGGAUGACACAUUCCAAGCGCGAUGCCGAGACGCACAGGAGCUGGCCUUGGGCUCCGGAUGCAAUGGGAUUGCCUUCGACUGCGUCCUCACACAAGUCGGUCUUCGGUUUCUGAAGAAUGUUUCUUCAACAUUUUCCUUGGUUCUGUUGCAUACAUCAUGUUUUCUCGUCUCCUUGACAUCGGUUUAGUUCAUUCAUGAUGCUUUCUUUUUCCUGCUCCCACUCUCCUAAGACACUUAUGACGAUUAUUGAUACCACUCAUUGUGCUACCACCCUCAUUACUAGCCACGAUUCCCUGCGGACAUGCAUGUGUUAUUAGUGUAAUCCAUCAUACCCCUGAUACGUACUACUGGUAUUUGUAGAAACACUUGUACGCAUACACGGUUGUACUUCAUAAUCUGUACCUACAUGUUCAUGGAAUUGGUCAUACCUCGAUGUUGCAUUCCACGUUGUCCCAAUACUGUGCCUGUGUAUCGUAUGCUGCGCAUGCGUCUCAACAAAUGAACAUAUUGGCGUUUG